CCUCAAAUCCACCUAAUAAUAUCUUUCUGUAUCUCCGUUGAUUGUUGCAAGCAGGAAAUAUGAUUAAGCUCUUUAAAGUGAAGGAAAAGCAGAGGGCUGAAAACGCCAGUGGGCCAACACUUGUUAAGAAACAAAGUGCUGGGGAAUUACGCCUUCAAAGAGACAUUGGUGAAUUGAACCUACCAAAAAGUUGUACCAUGGCAUUUCCCAAUGGCAAGGAUGACUUGAUGAACUUUGAGGUUACCAUUCGACCUGAUGAAGGAUACUACUUAGGUGGUACAUUCAUAUUCACUUUCCAAGUUCCAGCGGUGUACCCUCACGAGCCACCAAAGGUCAAGUGCAAGACUAAGGUUUAUCAUCCUAACAUCGAUUUGGAAGGAAAUGUUUGCCUUAACAUUCUACGAGAAGACUGGAAACCUGUUCUCAAUAUAAAUACCAUAAUCUACGGACUAUAUCAUCUCUUCACGCAACCUAAUUGCGAAGAUCCCCUCAAUCACGAUGCUGCUGCCAUAUUGAGAGAUAACCCGAAGAUGUUUGAAUCAAACGUGAGAAGGGCAAUGUCUGGUGGUUAUGUAGGGCAGACCCACUUCCCCCGGUGCAUGUAGUAGUAGCUCUACUUGUACAUCAAGAUUCAUUGAUCAAAGUUCCAAAAGUUGGAAAUUGGUUAGUGCUUUGCUUUUCUGUGUUGUAUUGUAUUGUUUGGGAACUAAAAAUCUUGGAAAGCAUACGAGUGUGCUCACUUGGAAGGUGUCUCUGUAUUCUGGUGUAACCUGUAAUAGGACUGACUGGUAUUCCCUUUUGUUGAAUUCAAUAUGUGAAACAGCAGGAGAUUGUGGUUUUUUUUAAUAUA